UACAGCUGCAGUUCCUCCAGUGUCCACUAGAGUCUGUCUCCUGCAGUGAGUCAGUCCUCAUAGAGCUCCAUGUUAAAAUGUCUAACUUUACAGCUGCAGUUCCUCCAGUGUCCACUAGAGUCUGUCUCCUGCAGUGAGUCAGUCCCCCUACAGAGGUGUGGUCACGUGGAAGGCACAUUAGACGAGCGGUCCCCCAGAGUCCAAUGACAGGCUGAGAAAAUCCCCCUGAUGAUGUCAUCGGUGCGUCUGCAGAGAGGAUCAGUUAGGAGUUGAAACGCUCGUCUGGUUGAAAACAGCAGCAGGUGUCUGAGAACGAGAACGAUGGAGUCUGAAGUGAUCUUUGUGAUCCUGAUCUCUGUGUGCGGCGUCUGCUCCGCCCUGCCAGCCUCCACUCUUCAUGUGAGAGUGGGGGACGAAGUCACCCUGCACUGCCCCCUGCUGGACACCGACAACACCACCACUGCUGCUCCUGCCCUACUCAGUCCUGCCCCGCCUGGCCCCGCCCCCUUCACAAUCAGCUGGUACAGGAAGCGAACAGGGCAGCGUCCUCAGCUGCUGCUGAGCUUCAGGUCCACAAACCGGUCUGAUGUGAAGUACGGCGCCGGGAUCAGACCGGAUAGAGUCUCUGCUGCAGCAGACGGGAUGCUGAGGAUGCUCGGCUCCCAGCAGAGCGACGCAGCGGUUUAUUACUGCGGCAUCAGUCAGGGAAGGGGGGCCAGAGGAGGGGGGCGCACAGAGACCUGACCUGGGACCUGGGAUCUGAUCCGUCUCAAGUGUUUUAAAUGUACUUUCUCCAGGGUUUGACUUCUCAGCUCCACCAGGACUCUGUUGGUUUCUAACUUUUUUGAAUUCAUGUUCUCUGUUAUUCUAAAAUGAAGACGACAGGACUGAGCGACCGCCGCAGACCUUUAGCCUAAUGAUGCUGGUUGUGUUGUCUUAACUCUUUGAUCAUUUGUCUUUUAUUCAUUAUUUUAAAGUGUAAAUCCUUCUGAAGCUGCUUUAAAUCUGGACUUAUUA